GUGGCGUGGUGGAGGGGAGUGAAAGCCCGCUGGAGUAACGGCGGCAGUGGCGCUGGCGUGCCCCACAUCUCAGCCCCAGCUGACUGCCGCCUGCAGUGAAGAUGUAGCGCGCCGCUGGACAACAUGCUAGCGGCUACCCUCUGCGCUGGCGCAUUGCUGCACCUCCUGCUGUCAUGGGCUCUCGAGGCGGAGUGCGGUGGAUCGCCGUGGGCGACGGCUGCGCAGGAGGCGGUCGACGAGCAGAACGACGCGGAGAUCCUGCGCGCUGUGCUCACCUCCGUGGCCGCCUGGGAGCGCCGGCAGCGCCUCAGACAUCGUCACAGGCAGCGACGAGCGGCGAACGUGGUGUGCUACGACGAGGUGGGCUGCUUCAGCGACUCGGGCGUGUUCGGGUACCUGGACAUGCUGCCCGCGCCACCACAGGAAGUGGGCACUCGCUUCAUGCUGUACUCGGGCCGCACCGUCGCGCCCAGACACCUGAACGCCACCAGCCUGCGCUCCGACGUCGCGGAGGCCGCCGCCGCCUUCAACGCGUCGCUGCCCACCAAGGUCAUCGUACACGGCUUCGGCUCUAGCUGCUCGCACGUGUGGGUCUACGAGAUGCGCUCCGCCCUCAUGACCGUCGAAAAGUGCAACGUGAUCUGCGUGGACUGGGAGAACGGCGCGGCGGUACCCAACUACGUGCGCGCGGCGGCGAACGCCCGACUGGUUGGCCGUCAGCUGGCUCAGCUGCUGCGCUCUCUGGGCGCCGAGCCGGCGCGCACCCACCUCAUCGGCUUCAGCCUCGGCGCGCACGUCGCCGGCUUCGCGGGAGCCAUGCUGCGCAACGUCUCACGAAUCACUGGAUUGGAUCCAGCAGGUCCCUUAUUUGAGAGCCAAGAUCCACAUGCCCGUCUUGACUCCAGUGAUGCAAUGUUUGUUGAUGUUAUCCAUUCUAAUGGAGAAAAUUUGAUUCUUGGAGGGUUAGGUUCAUGGCAACCAAUGGGAGAUGUAGAUUUCUAUCCAAAUGGUGGCAGAAUGCAGAAAGGGUGUAGCAACUUAUUUGUGGGAGCUGUCAGUGACAUACUGUGGUCUUCUGAGAUUGAAGGUCGCAGCCUCUGUAAUCACCGCAGGGCAUACAAAUUUUUCACUGACUCAGUUUCCCCACGAUGCCAUUUCCCUGCUUUCCCAUGUGAGUCAUAUGAGAAGUUCUUGGAAGGAGAGUGUUUUCCAUGUAAUGGUGAUCGCCAAUGUGGCAACAUGGGCUAUUAUGCAGAUCGGUCCCAUGGCCGUGGUACAUUGUUUCUAAUUACGAGAGAUGAAGAGCCAUUCUGUGCCCAUCAGUACCACGUGAGGGUAGAAAAUUCAGCUAAGACAGAACCUGUAGCUACUUAUGGGAAGAUACAGAUCACACUCAUUGGCAGUUCUGAAAUAAAUGAGACUUUUCCCCUGACUCAGAAGGAUGAUGAAGAGCUGAAGGCAGGAGAGUCUCUGGCUCGCAUAGUGGUUCCCCAUCCUGUUCUUCAAGAACCAAAUGCAGUUCAAAUAUUGUACACUGCUUACAAUGGCUGGUGGUCUAGUGGAUUAACUGCCUGGCAUAUUGACAAAAUUAUACUAACAGAUAGCUUUGGAAAAAGUUUAUCAGUAUGCAAGAAGGAUCUUCCCUUAGAGUCUGGCACACCAUGGAUCCUGCCUUUAUUUCCUGGCGACUGCAAUCCUCCAAAGGAAGCUAAUGACUCUACUACAAACACUGAGAAGGAGAAAACAGAAAUACAAGAAAUUAAACUGAACUCAGCUGGUCAUACAUCAGCAAAUGAAAGCUACAAUCCUGCACCAGAAUACCAGCUCAGUGACAACACAGAAAAUUCUCCAGAGAAGUUAGAUGUGAAAUACGCAGAUACAGUGCAAAGUGACAAAGAGAUAGACAAACUGUCAUGGAAGCCAGUGAAAUACCAAGAGGCAAUCCAUACUAACACAAACAGUCUUGACAAUGUUAAGGAAGACUCCAGAUCUCUUAGCACUCAUGAAUCACAAUUGAUUUUGUUCAAUGUUGCUCCAGAUAGUGUUACACCUCAACACACCAAUAACUCUGAUGGAAACAGUAGCAAGAUUGCCAUAUCUAGACGAUCUGGCAGUACGUCAUCUGCAACUGAUGAGAAUACUGCUAGACCAGAAAUUAAAGAGCCAGUUCUACUUGCAAGAACACCUGCUGCCAAGAGCUCCUGGUUAGGAGACACAUCAAAUAAGCAGCCCUCUUGGAGUUUGCUGGAAAAUUAUGAUGCCACAUUUUUGCCAGGAGAAUUGAUAGCUACUCCUAAACCUGAAAUACGAGAACCUAUCUUGAAUCCCAAAACAAUAAAAGACAGUGUCACCAUGCCUCCCACCUCUGUUAAUGCUUCUGAGAGUAACUCCGUACCCAUUCCAACAACAAACAAUAGUGCAAUUGCAUCAACUGACAAUGUUAUUGCUUCUUCAGUCCGUACUCUUCUACCUGUAAGGAAUGUAAGAAUUUCAUCGGACAUUUUAGAGGACAGUAAUCUAAAAGUGAAAAAGCAAACAAGGAGCCCAUCUACUGAGUUAAGCCCUCCACCAUUGAAUGCAGAGCAUUCAUUUACACUCUGGAAAAGCACCACUGAGAAUACUUCCAGGGCUUAUAGUAAUGGGUCUGCAAGUCCAAAUUUUCAAAGAUCAAUGAAACCAGCUCAUCAACAGCUCACAGUUCAGUUUUUCCCACAACGACUGGCCUCUCUCUUAGCUCAGGCUGAAAGAUAUGCACGUAUGACAGUAAUGAGAUUUCCAUCUUUUGGCAACUCUUUGAAACCAUUUUCAGCAAGUAACAAAAAAGCUGAAAGUGUCAAAGAUACUUUUAUAAACAACGGCCUAGCAAAUACACAGUACACUCAGCGAAAGCCUAAGCAUGUAGGAGCAGCUGAUUCAGGCAAAAAUAUAUCAGAGUCAUAUCUUUCAGAUGGAAUAAAAAUGAUGAGUGAUCCUGUUUCAGAAAGACAGGGCAAUUUAUCACAUAUACAAUCACAAAGUAAUACUGAUAAUGUCUUGUCUGAUAAGACAGCUGUAUUAGUCCCUUACACAUACAGUUAUAGUAUUACUGAUCCUGAGAGGAAGGACAAAAAUAAAGUCAAAUAUAUACCUCUUCAUUAUCUGGAAGGUAAUAAAACAGAACAUUUUGUAGAAAAGAUUACAGUAACACCGGAAGAGUUCAAGAACUUUAGAACUCAGAAGGUAUAUCCACACAAUCAUGCCCAUCACAUUCUAGGGGGAUAUGUUGAUGGUUUUCACCCUGUUUAUUCUAGAGUUCCCAAUAGGUGACAAAUGUAUUUAUCAAUAUUUGACUGUGAUUCAGUUUUCUGUAAGACUGCCAAAUAUUUAUUAAAUGUAUUAAAGAAACUUAGUUUGUGAUAGAUCAUUCAUACUUUUCAUAUUUGGUCUGUGUUCAUGAAAGAACAACAGUGACAGGUAUACAUAAAGUCAUUUUCAAGAGGUUCUAGAUUGUGUUUAUGAAGUCAUCUGUUUGGAAAUAAUGUCUUAGGUUUCCUGCUAAGCAAUUAAAAAUUCUGAUCACAAUGUAUCAUUAAAAUUUAACUUUUUACUUUUUUGCUAGCUUGCUAUUUUCUUUCAGGCCACCCACUUUUAUCAUUGUCAUGUGAUCAUAAUUAUUUGUUUAUAAAAUAAAUUCGUAGAGGUAGUUAUAAGAUAUUCAUGUUAUCAUGUAAAGUAAAUGAUAUAUUUAUUGAAUAUAAAUUGCUCUUUUUUACAAUAAAUGAGUUUUUUAUUUAGUUUUUUUGAAAGUCACAAAAACUUCAUAUUUAAGGAAAA